AUGGCCUCCAAGAUGUUCGCCAACCGAAUGGCCACCAUGGCCUCUUCUAGCGUCGCUCGCUCGGCCGUCCGCAGCCAGUUCGCUGCUGUCCCCAAGCGUACCUUCACCAACGCUGUCCAGCGCACUGCUUUCCAGGCUCCUAAGCGCACCAUCCCUGCCGCCGUCGCUCGCCAGGCUUUCCAGGCCCAGGCUCGCCGUGGUUACUCCUCUGAGAUCGCCAACGCCCUCGUUGAGGUCUCCCAGAACAUUGGUAUGGGUUCUGCUGCCAUUGGUCUUGCUGGUGCCGGUACCGGUAUCGGUCUCGUCUUCGCUGCUCUCUUGCACUCCGUUGCCCGCAACCCCUCUCUCCGUGGUCAGCUCUUCGCCUACGCCAUUUUGGGUUUCGCUUUCGUUGAGGCCAUCGGUCUUUUCGAUCUCAUGAUUGCCAUGAUGGCCAAGUUCUUGUAA